GGCAUUCUAGUUCUUUGGAAUCGCUUCUACUUCACUCACCUUCUCUUUCUCUCUCCCUUUCUCUCUCUCUCUCUCAAGAGAGUUAGCUGAGCAGUCUCUCACCAGAAAGCUCUCUAAACCUUUACAUCACAAACUCCGAAACAGACAUUUGAUACAGUACCUCCCACUACGUAACCGUAAUUUCUACUCAUAAUAAUCUUUUUCAAAAUUAUUCCAUCUGAUCGUUUAACUCGACGGUUUUAAAGAUCGUUUCUCAACCGGAGAGAAGAAGAAGCAAAAAGAAGAAUCUCAAAAAUGGAAACGGAAGCUUCGGUGAGGGAGGAGAAUCCAGCGAUGACCUUCGACGAGGUUUCCAUGGAACGCAGCAAGAGCUUCGUCAAGGCCUUGCAGGAGCUCAAGAACUUGAGACCUCAACUCUACUCUGCUGCUGAUUACUGUGAGAAGUCUUAUCUCCAUAGCGAACAGAAGCAAAUGGUGUUGGACAAUUUGAAGGACUAUACUGUUAAGGCUCUGGUGAAUGCUGUUGAUCACCUGGGUACUGUUGCUUCCAAGCUUACUCAUCUCUUUGAUCAGCAGAGCUCUGACAUAUCAACUAUGGAGCUGAGGGCUUCUUGUGUUAGCCAGCAACUGCUUACUUGCCGGACUUAUAUAGACAAAGAAGGUCUUAGACAGCAGCAGCUUUUAGCAGUUAUCCCACUUCAUCACAAACACUACAUUCUACCUAAUUCUGUCAACAAGCGGGUGCACUUUAGUCCUCUCAGAAGAUCUGAAUCAAGACAGAAUCAUCACCAAGCUAUAUCCCGUCUUCAACCUUCAGAUGCCCCUGCUUCGAAAUCACUUUCCUGGCAUUUAGGCUCAGAGACUAAGUCGACCCUGAAAGGAACAACAGCCACUGUUGCACCAAGCUCCAAAGAUUCAAAAGCUUUUGCAAAGACAACUGGAGUGUUCCAUCUUUUAGGUGAUGAAGAAAACGUAAAGCCUUUGGUCGGAGGUUCUCAAGUCCCAGGUGUUCCUGCAACAUCCAGUAUCACAAGGCAGACACAGAAGGAUUUGGAAGUUGCCAAACUUACGACGGCACACAACCAACGAAGAGAGAUCAUUCAAGCACCUGUAAGGACCAAGAGUGUUCUAUCUGCAUUCUUCGUCAAACAGAAAACUCCAAAGCUCAAAGCUGGUUACGUCUAGUGAAGACAACUCCCUACACUGAGAAUGAAAUUUCAAUAUCAUCAUCCCACCUUUCUUUUAUUUUUACAACACGUUCUCUUUCCGUGUAUAAAUUUCCUUAGUUCAAACAUAUCAAUGUACUAAGUCGUACAAACAUGUUCCGUGAUUAACAAAACUGUGUAGAUCAUUCAAGAAUAAUGUGUUUUAAGCAAA